AUGCUGUUGCCUCACCCGCCCUCCAGCCCGCCCAUCUCCUUCAUCAACGGCAUCAGCAAGGUUAUCUGCGAAAGCAUUGAAGGCCUGGGUGCCCAGCACCUUACUCCCUUGCAGUGUGUGGACGCCGCUCAGCGCUACGUAUCUGCAGCCACACAACAUGAGAGCUCCUGGCGACCCAGACUCGAGAAAGAUUUCGAUCUGCCUGUCUCUCUCCUCCACUGGAUCGGAAUCCUCCUCAUCUCUGAUAGCUCUGCCGUGCGAUGGAGGCUCGGCACACAUAUGCUACGGUCAGCGUCGGAGCUGGGAUAUGACCCUUCAACAUUAUCGCUUGUCCGCAUCUUCUCCAGCGUACCUUUAGGUAUGCAGAAGAAGGUGGCCUCUUCCAAAAUAUACAUUGACGCAAACGCUCGCUUUCAGAAGAUUCUGCGACAGGGCACAGAUCCCGACGCGCUUACUCUUCAGGGUAUCAUUCUUGCAAAAUCAGGAGUUAAGAGCCAAGAAAAGCAGGCUUUGGACUUAUUUCGCAGAGCAGAAAAGGCGUGGGAAUUGAAGGCCAAGUCCAGCGCACAAGGUGAUCAUGGGGCUCAAGCUGGCGCAACUUCGCAUACCAGUGAUACUCAAAGCUUCAACAUCAAGAAAGGGGCCAUUCCAGAUUAUGUGAGCCUCCCAGAGCCGCGAACACCGAGGUGGGACUGGGAGGUCAGCUGGGCGCUGGAGCAAGGCAAAAUACUCCAGAGGCAGGACCGCCACAAGGAAGCCAGGGCCUUAUUCCGUGUGGCGGCGCUUGAGCUAGACAACCCGCAGGGCUUCUGGCAACUCGCAUGCCUCAUGGAUGUGCCGCAAGACUCGCCUGAACGAAGGACGUAUCUGCUCAAGGCAGCUAUAUCAGGUGUACAGGAGGCGUGCCGCGAGUUGGGGUUGCUCGAGAAGAUGGCGGCAGAGAAGACAGGGCUGGGGGAGAAGGACAGAACGGACCGGGAGAUGAUGAGCCGGGAGUGGUUUCGACUCGCGGACGGCGAAGAUCUCAAGUUGAUUCAGGACGAGGAAGAAGCAUAG